GAGGUCGUAAUGAUUAAGAACCUCGUGAAAAAUAGCACCUGGCUUUCUUCAGUUCUGCCAAGUUCAGCAACAUCAUGUAAAUUAGCACAGAGUAACAGUCAAAUUGCAUGCCGCACAAAAAGCACGACAUCAACAGGGGUCAGCAAAGGAUCUGAAGGCGAAGAGUACCCGAUUGAAUCACAACUGGGCAAAAGCGUUGGUCAGAACACGUACAAGUUAGUGAAUGCGACCACAUCUGCAUCGUCAUGGCUUGAAACGACAGACUUGAGUGCGAAUUCGCUUCUGUUCGGGGAACUCAUGAAAGGAAUGGGAAUGACAAUCAGUAAAAUACUGCACGAGCCUGCCACCAUCAACUACCCGUUUGAGAAAGGACCCCUAAGUCCCAGAUUCAGAGGGGAACAUGCGUUGAGGAGGUACCCCAAUGGAGAGGAGAGGUGCAUUGCGUGUAAACUGUGCGAAGCCAUCUGUCCUGCCCAAGCGAUCACAAUCGAGGCGGAAGAGCGAGAGGACGGAAGUCGGAGGACCACCCGAUACGACAUAGACAUGACCAAGUGCAUCUACUGUGGACUGUGUCAAGAGGCAUGUCCAGUGGACGCCAUAGUCGAGGGACCCAACUUCGAGUUCAGCACAGAGACCAGGGAAGAGUUGCUGUACAACAAGGAGAAGUUGUUGAAUAAUGGCGACAGAUGGGAGCAGGAGAUUGCGGCUAACAUCCAGGCGGACUAUCUCUACAGAUGAGAUAAAGACAGAACAGUUGUCGCAGAAGACUGUUCUUCAUGAUUGAAUUCUGUAGAAAUUGUUUCCUGUUAGCCAGCGAUGCCUACACAUGAUUCUGUUAUCGGUGUCCAGUUAUGUAAUCAAAUGGGUUUUGAGAUGAAAUUUGAAAGUUAAUUGAGAAUUUAACUGCUAGCUCGAAUGGCAAGGAAACAAUUUCAUUGCAUUGAAAUCCGUAGUUGUACUCGGUAGCACGACUAAAACUGACUCUAACAUAGAAAUAUAUUUUAAAAUCUA